GUGACAACAACAGGCAGCUAUUCCAGAUUAGAGAGGGAGGGACAGAGAAAGGCAGAGACAACAGGGCUGGGGGUGGCUAACAUACCUAUUACAGCCAAAAGUGGGCAUGGGGUUAUUUUUAGCCCGGAGGGGGAUGUAUUUAUUGUUUCAGCCCGGGGGAAGAGAGGGACUGCCUCCAAGACGCCUCUCGCAGCAACAUCAGCAGCUGUGCAAAGCCAUGGCACCCAAGAAAGCCAAGAAGAGGAUUGAAGGUGCUAAUUCCAAUGUCUUCUCCAUGUUCGAGCAGGCCCAGAUCCAGGAAUUCAAAGAGGCAUUCACCAUCAUGGAUCAGAACCGGGACGGCUUCAUUGACAAGGCAGAUCUGAGAGACACGUUUGCCGCACUCGGGCGCCUGAAUGUGAAAAACGAGGAGAUUGACGAGAUGAUAAAGGAGGCACCCGGCCCCAUCAACUUCACCGUGUUCCUCACUAUGUUUGGGGAGAAACUCAAGGGUGCUGACCCAGAGGAGACAAUCCUGAACGCGUUCAAGGUGUUCGAUCCAGAGGGGAAAGGCCUGAAAUCUGCUUACAUCAAAGAAAUGCUGAUGACGCAGGGCGAGAGGUUUUCCCAGGAAGAGAUCGACCAGAUGUUCGCAGCCUUCCCUCCAGACAUGUCUGGCAACCUGGAUUACAAAAACCUUGUCCAUGUCAUUACUCAUGGUGAAGAGAAGGACUAGCCGACGCUGGGGCUGGCACCGCGAGAUCGCCUCUGUCUAGGUUGCAUGGGGGGGUCCCUUCGCCUCUCCCCCCAGGGAACAAGUGAAUGGCACCCACAUUAAACUGCCUUUUGGCAAGAGGAAAUCCA